AUGCAACCCAAUUGUUAUCUAUCCCGAGAUACAAGGAUAGAAGAUGAUAUUAAAGUAAAUCGUCCAUGUGGACCAUUCACAGAUCGAAUUACAUUUAAAGCUACUUUGGUUGGAUCAUCUGGCGUAGGAAAGACAACACUCCAACACCGAAUCUGUGGUACACCUAUUGAUCAUAUGACCUCUUCUACAAUAGGUGCUGUUUUCUAUCAAGUUCCACUUCAAGUCGAUCAAAAAACUCUUAAUAUCAAUCUUUGGGAUACUGGAGGACAAGAGAAACUUAAUAUAUUUAAUCUUCUACCAUUUUAUUUUAGAGGUUCAGACUUUAUCUUUUUAGUGUUUGAUCUAUUUGAUCGUCAAUCUUUUAUGGAUUUGUCUAAAUGGUUGGACAAUGCGAAUCGAGCAGAAAGUUCUCGUCGUAUACCACCAAACACAAUCGUGGUUGGCAACAAAUUGGAUUUGGAAAGAAAAAAAAAGAGACUCGUUAGCUUGGAUGAAGCUCAAUCAUUUGCUUUUAAAAGAGGAUUCCAAUAUAUUGAAACGAGUGCUCUCGAAAAUGAGAAUUGUGAACUCAUUAAAGAGUUGGUCAUUCAUCAUAUCAAAAAAACAAUUAAAAAAGAACAAGACGAUUUAAUAAUUAAAGAAAAUAAAGAAAAGGAAAAAGAAAAAGAAAAGGAAAAGGGAAAGGAACAAAAUAACAAAUAA